AUGCAUGAGGGUAAAAUACAAGCUAUGGUGAACAAAGGAGGUUGUAAACCAACUCACCUAAUGUUUGCAGAUGGUAUCUUCAUUUUCUGCAAUGGACAUAAAAGAACAUUGAACAAUUUGAUGAGUUUGUUAUUGCAGUAUCAAAACUCAUCUAGGCAAAUGGUGAAUAGAGCUAAGAAUAAAUGUUUUGUUGGGGGAUUAUCUGACAUAAGAAGAAAUGGGAUUGCUGAAUUUUUACAAAUGGAGUUGUCAGAGCUACCUGAUAGGUAUUAUGGGGUAAUUAUCAAUCCAGGAAUAAUGAAAGCACAUCAGGUUUGGGGAAUGGUGGAAAUGAUGCAGAAAAUAUUGGUUGGAUGGAUGUGGAAGUUACUAGCUUUUUCAACCAUACUAACUCUAGUUAAAUUUGAGUUAUUUAGCAUGCCUAUGUACAAUAUGUCACUUUAUAAAUGGCCAAAGUCUGUAAUCAAGGAAUAUGAAAAUAUUAUCAGAAAUUUCUUGUGGUUUGGUGAUCCAACUGUGAAGAAUUUGGCUACAGUCAAAUGGGAUGAAGUCAAUGCUCCUGUUUCCGAAGGUGGGUUCGGCAUAAGAAGAUUGGAACUUAUGAAUAAAAUAUUUUUGAUGAAAUUAUUUUGGAAAAUUGAAACUGAGGAUGUAGAAUGGACAAUGUAUAUGAGGGAUGAACACAAAAACAAGAAUGAAGAAUGGAUAAAAUUUCAUAGGAAAUCAUCUAUAUGGCCAGGUAUGAAAUGGGUAAUGGCAGAUGUCAAUGAUAGUAAUAGAUGGUUGGUUGAAGAUGGGAAAAGCAUUUAUUAUUUUGAAGUGAAUGAGUUGUCAGCAUUAGGUGGUGGGAAAGAUAAGAAAGCUUGGGUAGCUGACCUUAAUGGCAACUGUACUGUGGCUAAUGCUGCUCAACUAGUAAGGAAGAAACACACAGUGGUAUCUUGGGCUAAUAAGAUCCUCAUUUGUUGUGAUGGUGCAUCUAAAGGGAACCCUUGCAGAGCAGGUUUUGGUUUUGUUACUAGAAUUAGUGACGGUGGAUGUGUAGGUGCUGCUUCAGAUGGUUUUAUAAUAGCCACAAAUCAUUUGGCUGAGGUGAUGACAUUGAUAUCUUUCGUUGAAUGA